AUGAAAGAUCUCAGGGCUCUCAAAUAUUUUUUGGGUAUAGAGGUCACAAGGAGAACCGAUGGGAUUUUCCUCAACCAAAAGAAAUAUGCACUCGAUAUUCUCCAAGAAACUGGUCUUCUCAACUAUCAACCUGAAAAGUUCCCCAUGGAACAGCAACACAGUCUUGGUCGCGUCAACAGCCCUCUGUUAGCUGAACCCGCGCGGUAUCGCCGCCUGGUUGGACGCCUGAUCUACCUUCUUGCCACAAGACCGGAUCUGACGUACUCAGUUCACAUCCUGUCUCAGUUUAUGCAACUACCAACACAUGCUCAUUGGGAUGCUGCUCUUCGCGUGGUACGCUACCUACAGGGUUCCCCUGGCCAAGGUAUUCUUUUAAGUUCAGAUAAUGACCUGCAGCUCACUGGUUGGUGUGAUGCAGACUGGGCGGGUUGUCCUGUUAAUCGCCGCUCACUCACUGGCUGGUUUGUCUCCCUUGGCAACUCGCCCUUAUCUUGGAGAUCAAAGAAACAGAAUGUUGUCUCCAUGUCCUCGGCGGAAGCAGAGUAUCACAGUAUGUCUUUAACACUUCGUGAGCUCAAAUGGUUAAAAGGUUUGUUAGAAGAUUUAGGCGUCCAGCAAGCCCAACCGAUUGAUCUGCAUUGCGACAGUCAAGCAGCAAUUCAUAUAGCUGCAAAUCCAGUCUUCCAUGAGCGUACGAAGCAUGUCGAACUCGACUUUCACAACGUGCGUGACGCAGCUAAAGCUCGACUCAUUCGACUUCAUUUUGUUCGUUCAGCGUCUCAGCUUGCGGAUGUUUUCACCAAAGCCUUAGGACGUCGGGAUUUCGAAGGUCUCAUUGGCAAGUUGGGCCUUCACGAUCCUCAGUCUCCAACUUGA